CGCCUUAGCUCCUUUCCACACACACACACACACACACACAGCUGUUGAAAUCUUUCUCUCUCCAGUCUGCAGUCGACCCGCCAGUACAACAGGGUGGAUGUGAGCGUGUGUGAGCGAGUGACAGUGGAAUCUGGGAGAGGACGAACCGCAAUCCCCAGCUCUUACUUCUCAACAGAGACAGACCGAGAGAGAGAGAGAGAGAGAGAGAGAGAGAGAGAGAGAGAGAGAGAGAGAGAGAGAGAGAGACAGGAAGAAGAAAGAAAAAACAAGAUAACUGACUGAAUUCCCCUCAAUUUUUUCUUUUUUUCUUUCCUCGUUCCUUUCUCUCUGGCCCCUGUGCGGGUGCCUAAGGAGGAGGAGAGACAUGUGUGUUGGCUCGAGUUCAUGCGGGAUAUUCGGUCAGAUACACUCAACUUAAGAGACGCAACGAAGGUGAAGAGCAGAGCGAAGGCAGAGAGCGGUAGCAGGCAUGAGCGUGGACGGCCGUCAAGGGGUGGUGACCACCCCUCCCGCUCCUGGCGGGGGUCCUAAGGAGCGCUACUUCGACCGCAUCGACCCCAACGACCCCGAGUACCUGCGCGACCGCAACAUGUCACCUGACCUGCGGCAGGACUUCAACAUGAUGGAGCAGAAGAAGAGAGUCACCCAGAUCCUGCAGAGUCCUGCCUUCAAGGAUGAGUUAGAGGGGAUGAUCCAGGAGCAGGUGAAGAAGGGCAACAACCCCACAGGCCUGCUGGCCCUCAGGCAGAUCGCUGACUUCUUCAUGUCCAGCUCCGUGGCCGGCUUCAGCACCUCCCCCCUCAGUCUUGGAAUGGUCACUCCCAUCAAUGACAUGUAUGGACUGGACCCUACCACUAUGGUGAAGGGGGAGAAGCAGACACGCUGCAAGCUGGCCAGCCUCUACAGACUGGUGGAUCUGUUCAGCUGGGCCCACUUCGCCAACUCCUACAUCACAGUCCGAGUCAGCAAGGAGCAGGAUCACAUCCUUAUCCUCCCCAGAGGCCUGUCCUUCUCCGAGGCCUCCGCCUCCAACAUGGUGAAGGUGAACAUCAUCGGUGAUGUCAUCGACCAGGGCACCACCACGCUGAGGAUGGACCCGUCUGGGUUCAGCCCCCACGCCGCCAUCUACUCCAUGAGGCCGGACGCUCGCUGUGUCAUCCACGUGCACACGCCCGCCACCGCCGCCGUCUCCUCGAUGAAGUGCGGCCUGCUGCCCAUCUCCCAGGAGGCCCUGAUCCUGGGGGACGUGUCCUACUUCAACUACCAGGGCAGCUUGGACAACCAGCAGGAGAGGCUGGAGCUGCAGAAGGCCCUCGGACCCUCCGCCAAGGUGCUGGUCUUGAGGAACCAUGGAGUGGUGGCUGGAGAGACCAUCGAAGAGGCCUUUCACUACAUCUACAACACCCAGUACGCCUGCGAAAUCCAGGUGAACGCCAUCUCGUGUGCGGGCAGCGUGGACAACCUGAUCGUGCUGGACCAGGAGAAGUACAAGGCCCGCACGCAGGGCGUGGCCGAGGCGGGCGUCACCAUGGGAACACAGCACAAGUGGAAGCUCGGAGAGCUGGAGUUUGAAUCCCUCAUGAGAAUGCUGGACAACCUGGGUUACCGGACGGGCUACGCCUACCGCCACCCCAUCGUGCGGGAGAAGCUGCGCCACAAGAGCGAGGUGGAGAUCCCGGCGACGGUGACGGCGUUUGCGUUCGAGGAGGAGGAGGGCGGCGGGCGGCUGCCCCUCCGCUUCCUGCAGCAGCGACAGCAGAGGGAGAAGACCCGCUGGCUCAACUCCCCCAACAGCUACACCAAGGUCAGCCUGGACGGAGAGGAGACCCACGCCAGGACCACGUGGAUGAAGGCUGACGAGACAGGGACCCCCAUCAGGAUUGAGGACCCAAAUCAGUUUGUCCCCAUGAACACCGACCCCAGCGAGGUGCUGAAGAAGAGAAACAAGAUCCGAGAGCAGAACAGGUGGGACAUGAUGACCUCAGGGCCUCGCUCCCAGCACCUGGCCGGCAUCCCCAUCGACGAACCCCGACAGCCGUACGUGGCCACAGAUGAUGACCAGGCGGGGGCCCUGCCCCCCAACCCCUUCAGUCAGCUGUCUGAGGAGGAGCUGGAGGACUACAGGAAGAACGUGGAGCGCAGGCAGCUCGGACUGCAGGAUGGCGAGCACGAGCUAACCGAUGACGACGGUUCCACUCUCUCUCAGUCACUGUCCCACACUCAGUCCCCUCUAACCACCCCUGCUAAAGAAGAAAACCACACGGGGCUGAUGCUGAAUGGCAAGGACGGCGACCACAGCGUGGAGGACGAGCUGAGCAAGCGCGUCAGCCAGCUGACCACCAGCAUGGAGAGCGUGGAGAUCACGGUGCGCGGCGGCGGCGAGAAGAUCGAGGAGACGCUGUCCCCCGAGAGCUCGCCCUCCAAGUCGCCCAACAAGAAGAAGAAGAAGUUCCGCACCCCGUCCUUCCUGAAGAAGAACAAGAAGAAGGAGAAAACGGAGGCCUAGACGAGAGAGAGAGGGAGGAGGGAGAGAGGGAGGAGGGAGAGAGGGAGGAGGAGAGAGGGAGGAGGGAGAGAGGGAGGGGCUGUACCCACUUUUUUAAGUCCAACUUCUUUUCCUCACUUUUUCUAUGUCUGUGUUUAUUUUUUUUCUCCUUUUGGUUAAAAAUGUUAUUUGAGUUUUGUCUUCUUUUUUUUGUGUGUGUGUACACACAGCUACGGCACUUGUCAACAUGUUCACCUUCAGUCACGGCCGGCAUGCGCACACGCACGGGAUGGGUCCCCUUAGGGUAACCAUGGGAACCUCCAUUUUCUUUUUAUCGUGCGUGUGUUCUUUCUACGAAAGUUGUUUUUUUUUUUUUUUCGUCGGGAGGUCUCGCUUCAGCUGCGCUCUUCUGCUUCACACCACUUAGGGAGACGCCACACAUCAGAAUAGGCCACGUGUAUUUUAUACUCACAACGGGUUCAAAAAAAGAAAAAACAGUUCUAGACAAGUUACAAGGCUUUUUGUGAAGGUUUUUUCUCUCUCUGUUUCCCUCCUUCUUGCUCUCUGUGCUUCCUUCAGUCUCGUCUGUUUCUGGAGGUGGAGGGGUCGUCUCAGUUGUCUCUCUGGUUCUGAGGUAUGAAUGGGUGCUCUAUCUAUGCUGCCCUGUCUGGAUUCAGCCAGCGUUGAUCCAGAGCAAGUUUAAAGGAUUGUGUGGUUGUAUUUUUCUGUGUUGCACACUCCGUAACACUUUCGGACCAGAGAUGGAACCUAACCUUUGACCUUGUCUCCCAGAGGUCGCUGACUGGUCGGACUGAUAAACAUGCAUUUUUACGUACAUCAUCUCCUUUUGAAUUAUUAUUAUUUUCUUUGCUUUUUUUCAAAAUAUUUCUAAACUAAAAGGAAGAAAGUUUAAAAAAAAAUAAACAAUCACGUUUUAGUGAAACGUUGUCGUUUAUAUUCUCGGCAUUUAGAAUUCAUAACAUCAUCUCAUGACGUAGUUUCCUCGAUUCUUCUUUUUUAUUAUGAUUGCUUUUUAACCAUUUGGUAUCAGAACACGCUUGUUUUUUUUGUACUCAUUUCUACAUGUUUACAGAGAACACAAGUGAACUUGCAUGUUCGUUUGCAUCUGACUGUACCAUACUGUAGCAAUGCCUGGAUUCUCAAAUUAUAUUCUAGUACAGAUUACUAACAAAAAAAAGUGUGGUUAUAGAUUUUUAACAAUAUUUUUAUUUUAUUCUGCUGCACUUUUUCAUCUGGUAUAUACAAAAUAGCACCAUUGUAGUAGGAGGUGGGUUCACUGUUGUUGGAGAUGGUUCACACCAGAAACAAGUAGACAAGUAGACUGGAUGCGGUUAAAAAAAAUCUGACAGUUGAGGGGGGAAAAAAAACUGCUCAUGAAUUAGUCUCACUCUUCGCUGAAUUAUGUGUCAAAUAAAAAAGAUACUGAUAUAACUGGAGUCCGAAACAUACUGUACACCACCUGUGUUUGACCAACAGUUAAAAGCACAGACCUGCCGUGUCCUUGUGCGGGUGUGUUUCACGUGUGUCAAUAUGAUAUUUUUUCUAGAUUCUCUCUGAUAUUUGCAUAAAUCAUGAAUUGAGAUUCGUCUUUUCCUGCACGCUCGUCAGAAGCAGACUUCCUGACUCCCUAAAAGUAGCACUCCUGUACACUUUCAUGCUCGUUUUUUUUCUAGUCAUCUUUUUCCAAAGUCACUCCCCUCUAAAUGGAGGAUGUAAACUGGAAAGAGACUCAGAUGUCAUUUUCUCAAGCGGUGGUUUGGGAGCGGGUGGAUGGGGGCGGGGCGGGGGGGGAGAGAGGAAUCAUGUUGUUGGGUUAACAGGUGACGUUCGUGACAUGUUAGACUCCCGAUAGUAGAACUGCACAGUUUAGUUUUUUUUUCUUACAAGGUGAACCAGUAUCCCAGCUAGCAAUGUGAAAGAAUGGAUGGAGGGAGGGAGGGAGCUAGGGAUGGAGUGUAAAUAGCACAGAUCUGAAUCCCUAUCGCCUUGCUUGGUGUAACAGCACACACAACUGCAAAGCUGGACAAGGGGUGUGUGAGUUUGAUAAGAAGUGUAUUAUGUGUGUGUAGGAUGGGGGAGGUUAGGGGUGGGAGUGUAGGGGACUGACGUUGACAGUGACGUUAACACACCAUUUGUUUUUAUUGGUCGAAACUAAAAAAAUGUCUUCACUUACCAUUUCUCCUUCUUGAAGUUCUCCUUCUUUUCACCCUCCCAUGUUUAUCUCCUUCAUUUUUUUUUGUUUAUUUUUUCUUCAUGAAAGUUUUAUUUUUAGUUUACACAGAGCUGUAGGCUUUGGUUAUUAACCAUUUGGACGAAAACAUAAAAACUGGCUUCUCAGAUGAAGUGAAUUCGGCAUUCUUUUGUCUAUCUCCAACCAUUUGCACCUUGUUCUACUAAUGCCUCGCUAUCCUCCAUUUUGUUUUUCUGUUUAAAAAAAGAAAAAAGAAAAAAAAAGAUUACAAAAAUAAAGAUAUAUACAAAAGAAUAACUUUGGCAUGUCAGAAUGAGCCAGUAAGCCGCUCUGUCACCUGUGAAAGAUUCUCUAUCAAUGGUUAUCUAAUGGAGUUGCUUUUAGAUGUAUUGCUAAUCAGUGUAAAUUCACAAAAUAAAAAAAAACUGUAUUUUAAGAA